CCUGUAUCGCCGCUCCGGCCAGAGGAGUCUGCCACAACGCGGGAGGAGAUGAGCUUCGACGACGAGCAGGACACGGGCACCGUGUCGCCGCAGGGCCAUGAGACACCGACCAAGCCUCCUGCCCCAGUACCCUCUCCACGCCCGCGUGUCCAAUUCCAGGACGGCCACCAGGAGAUCCCUCCCACGAAGCCACCGCGGCCUCUGAGCCCUAACCAGCAAGCGGAGAACACGCUGAUUGAGGCCUUUCCCACCAUCGACGCCAAAGUCGUCAAGGCUGUCCUCACAGCGAGCGGCGGGAAGAUUGAACCCGCCUUCAAUGCGUUGCUGGGCAUGUCCGAUGAAAACUUCCAGCCCGAGGACGCAGCUCCUGCAGCGCCGACGCAACCUCCACGACCAGCACUGCGCCAGCAGCAGCAGCCAUUGAGCCAACUCGAGGCCGAUGAGCUCUAUGCACGACAGCUAGCGGAACAAUACAACAACGGAGGGCAGCGCUCGCAAGUUCGCUACAACCAGCGUGAGCCAGGUCGUCGUGGACCGAACCAACAGCGCCCCUACCAUGACGACGACGAGGAGCAUGAGCGUAGCUUCUUUGACGAUGAACUACCAGAGAUUGGGCGUAACAUCCAGCAGGGCUUUCUGGAGACACAGAAGAAGGUGAAUAGCUGGAUAACGACGUUCAAAAAGAAGAUCGAUGGUGAGGAGGAUGAUGAGGAGGAUCUCUACGGCUCGGGAUCCAGACCGAACACUGGCAGGCAGAACUUUGGUUCUAGCCAGAGCGAACAGCUGCACGGGAUCCGCAAGUCUGCAGAGCAACAACGCAGAAGUACAGAUGCACAGCGAUACGAUGCAGAUCCGCAUGAGUUGGAUGCGGGAGCGUUUGAGCGUCUGGAGAUGCGCGACGAUGAGGCUCCACCGCCUCAGCCUCCGCGAACCAGUAGUCGCAAGACCGCCAAUCCGGACCUCUUCAAGCCACAGCCCAAGCCGCCGCAGAGCGGGCCUGUCGAUGAGGUGGACGCCGCUGACAGGGCAUCAUCGGCCAAGGACGCAUCAAGCGCCGACAAGAAUAAGAAAUGGCAACCCCUGACCAGUGUGGCGCCAAAUCCUGAGGACGACAACGAUCCAUUCUCUCUCGGCGAUGACGAUGACGACAAGGACAAGGCCGACGAUGUGCGAAAGGAAGACACGGAGCGACUCAAGCAGGCGGCACAAAGCAGC